AGCGCGCGGCGCGCGCCCCCGCCGAUGGCGUCCAACCACGCCGCACCUGGCCACCUGCUCGCCGUGCGCCCGCGUCCCCGCCGUCGGCUAGGGUUCUAGACCCGUCGAACAUGCAGGGAAGAGAAGAAGAAAAAAUGGUGAUUGUUUUAGAACCGAGGGUAAAAGAGUCGUUGUCUCUCGGUAAAAAGGUAAGAAAGAGAAAAGAAAAAAAAUGAAAAUAGUACGAUGAAAUACACAAUGGCUAAAUGAGCGAUGUUUUGGAUACUUGUUUAAUAACGGUGUUUUGGAGAAUGCUCGCUUUAUAGAUGGUGUUUUGUAAUUAGGGCCUUUUUCUCGUUCCUGAGGAGAUACCAUAAGUAUCACUGUUUGUUUUCUUAGUAUCUAAGGUACCAGAAGAUACUAAAUUUUAUAUAAUAGAAAACAGUUAUACCUCUUAGUACCUACUAAAGGAUGGUAAAAUUGCUUUUGCAAUUAACCCAUGGUAACUGAAGGAUGGUAAAAUUGUUUUUGCAAUUAACCCAUGGUAAAAUUGCUCUUGCAAUUAACCCAAACAAUAAAAAACAAUAAUAUACGUGGUACAUUAGUAUGGACUAUGGACCGACACUUUUAAUACUAUCGAAGGAAGCAGUGGCACAAGGUGUGUGCGUACAUGAUCUUGAGACGUCAAGCGGAAAGAUCGAGAAAAGACAACUCGUCAACAACGCUACACCACCACCCUACUCCAACUUCGACUCUCACUUUUAUGCCACAAGUAGAACAUCCACUUUGCUAUGUGCCGGUCUUCUUUUGUUUCCUGCGAACCGAAAUUGUGUAUCGCUGAAUUUAACAAGAUGCUCAACGGCAAAGGCCUUGAUGAUCGAACUUUAUCAUCGAUCGAUCGAUCGAGAGAAGGAUAGUAACUGACCAGUGUGCUGUCAUCAUGCUCAUCCACUUCUUCACACCACAUGACUCAACAGCAACAGCUCCUCUACUGCAACUGCAACGCAGCGAACUGACCAGUGCUAGUACUAGUAUCAUAUACUUGGGGCACGGCCAGCCUGAGCGCACCUGUUCGUCGGACCCAAAGAGGAAAGGCACAUCGGCUCCGGCGACAUGGCUGAGCAGAACAAGAGGGCGAGGGGCAGCAACGGCGAGGUGAAGCAGGAGCGGCGCGAGGAAGAAGAAGAGGAGGAGGAAGGAGAAGUGGUGAGCCACGAGGAGGAGACCGGAAAGACUGGACCUUUGGUGCCGGUGGCGAUGGCGUCCAUCAUGGAGAUGGAGGAGCCGCACAUCAAUGUGAGGAUCGCCGUCGCCUUGCUCCACUGCAAGGCCUGCCUCCUCCCCCUCAGGCCUCCCGUCUUCAAGUGCGAGGCGGGGCACGUGGUGUGCUCCGGCUGCCGCGGCGGCCACGGCCAGCUCUGCGGUCGCGCCGCCGCCGUCUACACCCACUGCGCCGAGCUGGACGCCAUCGUUGGCACCGCCAGAGUGCAGUGCGGCUACGCGCAGUACGGCUGCGACAGCCACGUCGUGUACGCCGCGGUCGCCGACCACCAGCGCGCGUGCCCGUACGCGCCGUGCUCCUGCCCGGAUCCCGGCUGCGACUUCUCCAGCUCGCCGGCGGCGCUCCUCUGCCACUUCGCCGCCGACCACCACUGGCCCGUCAUCGAGAUCAGCUACGGGAAGCCGUGCAAGCUCGCGGUGCCGCCGCCGCGGUGCCCCCACGUCCUCGUCGGGGACGACGACCGCGCCCUGUUCCUCGUGUCCCCGUGCGCCGUCGGCGCGGUCACCGCGGUCCGCGUGGUGUGCGUCGCGGCGAACGGCGACGCCUCGGCGCAGUUCAGGUGCAAGCUCUGGGUGGAGGUCUCGGCCAACAAGGAGAACAUGGUCAUGAUGACGUCGAUGGUGAGGAGCAGCAACCUCUCCGGCGGGUUCCCCGCGGCGGACCAGGGCAUGUUCUUGGUGGUGCCGCCGGAGCUGCUGCAGGAGGCGUCCGGCGAGACGCCCAUCGUUAGCAUUCGCAUUGACAAAGCUGGUGCUGCCGCCAUUGCCGCCAAAUCCACCACCCCACGAGCUAGGUGCCAGAGGAGAACGCAGUGAAGAGAUUAGCCCACUACUAAUCCUCCAUCUUUUCCAUGUUUUGCCAGUAGUCAAGUAUGGUUAUUGGCCUUAGAUUGUGUUCUUUUGUAGCUGAUCUGCGUAGCAAGGUCUAACUCAUGACAUUGUAUAUGAAUUUUGUAAGUAUUUUGCCCCCGAAGUUUGGAAA